AUGUCGCUUGUCUCAGGCCCAGGUAGAGGCGGAUCUACCUCUGGAGCGCAGGAGCUCUACACUCAAAAACAUGUGGAUUAUAUAAAGAGUCUAGAUACUCGAAGAGAUGAACUUGAAUAUUGGUUAACGGAACACCUCCGGCUCAACGGCGUCUACUGGGGUCUCACAGCACUGCAUAUACUCGGGCAUCCAGAUGCUCUACCGCGCGACAAAACGAUAGAAUUUGUUUUAUCCUGCCAGAGAGAAGAUGGUGGUUUCGGUGCGGCGCCUGGACACGAUGCCCACAUGUUACAUACCGUUAGUGCGGUACAGAUUCUUGUAACGCUUGAUGCGAUUGACGAACUGAAUAAGGAUGGACGCGGUGGGAAAGAGAAGGUUGCUUCUUAUACCCGGUUCCUUUAUGGGGCGUUUAACGCACUUUCUCUGCUCGGCCUGUUACACCUUGUCGAUACUGAGAAGGCUGUGACAUAUAUCCAAUCCUGUGCCAAUUUUGAUGGAGGGUAUGGGGUUAGGCCAGGGGCUGAAUCACAUGCUGGUCAGAUAUUCACCUGUGUUGGAGCUCUCGCUAUAGUUGACAGGCUAGAUCUGGUUGAUACCGACCGGCUGGGUGGCUGGCUUAGUGAACGACAGUUAGAAAAUGGAGGCCUGAACGGGCGGCCUGAAAAGAAAGAGGAUGAUCCUGAGCAUGGUGGUAUCGCUGAUAGACCUGAGGAUAUGGUGGAUGUAUUCCAUACUGUGUUUGGGCUAACAGGUUUGAGUUUGCUGAAGUAUCCAGGCCUGAAAGAGGUAGACCCAGUAUAG